GUCCGGAGCCAUUUGCAUAAUUGGAUUUUUUUUUUUUUUUUGGCCUCCUUCUUUCUCCCUGAAACUUGUUUGAAACCCCAAGCGAAAACCGCGACGACCUGCACGCUCAAAAGCAAGUGCCAAGGAACCGGGACGUCCCCCUCCCCGGCGAUCUGUCAGUGCCUGGAUCAGCUUCAUCCUUUCUGGGGUAUUUUCUCACCUGACUGACCGUCCUUAAGACAAGUAUGCAGUGAAGCUGCUGAGGGAUGGAAGAAGCGAGUCUGUGCCUUGGAGUGUCCUCGGCGGCGCCCGAAGCUGAGCCCCCGCUGAGCGGCCCGGUCCUGAACGGCCAGUAUGCCAUGAGUCAGAAGUUGCACCAGAUCACCUCGCAGCUCAGCCAUGCCUUCCCCGAGCUGCACCCGCGGCCCAGCCCCGAGGACAAGGCCCCCGCCGCGCCCCUGGACGAGAAGGCCCGCGCGCCCCUGAGCGGCCAGCCCCUGGGCGGUCAGAUGGCGCUGCUGGCCAACCAGCUGGGCCGCGACGUGGACACCAGCCUCAACGGGCGCGUGGACCUGCAGCAGUUCCUCAACGGGCAGAACCUGGGCAUCAUGUCCCAGAUGACGGACAUCGAGGACGACGCCCGCAAGAACCGCAAGUACCCGUGCCCGCUGUGCGGGAAGCGCUUCCGCUUCAACAGCAUCCUCUCCCUGCACAUGCGCACGCACACGGGCGAGAAGCCCUUCAAGUGCCCCUACUGCGACCACCGCGCCGCGCAGAAGGGAAACCUCAAGAUCCACCUGCGGACCCACAAGCUGGGCAACCUGGGUAAGGGGCGCGGGCGGGUGCGCGAGGAGAACCGCCUGCUGCACGAGCUGGAGGAGCGGGCCAUCCUGCGGGACAGGCAGAUGAAGGGCGGCCUGCUGCAGCCGCGGGACCCCAAGCCCCUGCCGCACGCCCCGCAGGCCCCGCCGGCCGCCUGCCACCCGGCCGCGCCCGCGGGCUUCCGCUGCACCUUCUGCAAGGGCAAGUUCAAGAAGCGGGAGGAGCUGGACCGGCACAUCCGCAUCCUGCACAAGCCCUACAAGUGCACGCUAUGCGACUUCGCCGCCUCGCAGGAGGAGGAGCUCAUCAGCCACGUGGAGAAGGCGCACAUCACCGCGGAGUCGGCGCAGGGCCAGGGCCCCAGCGGCGGCGGGGAGCAGGCGGCCAACGAGUUCCGCUGCGAGGUGUGCGGCCAGGUGUUCAGCCAGGCCUGGUUCCUGAAGGGCCACAUGCGCAAGCACAAAGACUCCUUCGAGCACUGCUGCCAGAUCUGCGGCCGGCGCUUCAAGGAGCCCUGGUUCCUCAAGAACCACAUGAAGGUGCACCUCAACAAGCUGUCGGUGAAGAACAAGUCCCCCGGCGACCCCGAGGUGCCCGUGCCCAUGGGCGGCAUGGCCCAGGAGGCCCACGCCAACCUGUACUCCAGGUACCUCUCCUGCCUGCAGAGCGGCUUCGUGGCGCCCGACAAAGCGAGCCUGAGCGAGCCUGGCCAGCUCUACGGCAAGGGCGAGCUUCCCCUGAAGGAGAAAGAGGCGCUGGGGAAGCUGCUGUCACCCAUCUCCGGCAUGGCCCACGGUGUCCCCGAGGGGGACAAGCACUCACUGCUGGGCUGCCUCAACCUGGUGCCGCCGCUGAAGUCCAGCUGCAUCGAGCGGUUGCAGGCGGCCGCCAAAGCUGCCGAGAUGGACCCGGUGAGCAGCUACCAGGCCUGGCAGCUCAUGGCCAGGGGCAUGGCCAUGGACCACGGCUUCCUGUCGAAAGAGCACCAGCUCCAGCGCAGCCACGAAGACGCUUUGGCCAGCGCCGGGGUCAUGUUCGACAAGGAAAAGCGGGAGUACGUGUUGGUGGGCGCAGAUGGCUCCAAGCAGAAGAUGCCUGCAGAUCUGGUUCACGGCGCCAAGGCGGGCAACCAGAGAGACCCGCCAAAUAAGCUCGACCCUUUGGAAGGCGGUCGGGACUUUUUGUCACACGGGCUGAACCAGACACUCGAGUGCACCCUGCAGGGUCCCGGGAACAUGAAGGAGAAGCCCACCGAGUGCCCCGACUGCGGCCGGGUGUUCCGCACCUACCACCAGGUGGUCGUGCACUCCCGUGUGCACAAGCGCGACCGCAAGGGCGAUGAGGAGGGGUUGCACGCGGGCCUGGAGGAGCGGCGCGGCUCGGGCAGUGACCAGGAGUCGCAGUCGGUGAGCCGGUCCACCACGCCAGGCUCCUCCAACGUCACCGAGGAAAGCGGGGUCGGAGGAGGCCUCUCGCAGACUGGCAGCGCCCAGGAGGACAGCCCGCACCCCUCCUCGCCGUCCUCCUCAGACAUCGGCGAGGAGGCCGGGAGAGCCGCUGGCGUCCAGCAACCGGCGCUGCUGCGGGACAGGAGCCUGGGCGCGGCCAUGAAGGACUGCCCGUACUGCGGCAAGACCUUCCGGACGUCUCACCACCUGAAGGUGCACCUGAGGAUACACACAGGUGAGAAACCCUACAAGUGUCCCCACUGUGACUACGCCGGCACCCAGUCCGCGUCCCUAAAAUACCACCUGGAGCGGCACCAUCGGGAGCGACAGAACGGAGCCGGGCUGCUGUCUGGGCAGCCUCCGCACCAGGACCCCAAGGAGGAGAUGUCCAGCAAAGCCCCCCUGUUCAUCCGGCCCGACAUCCUGCGGGGGGCCUUUAAGGGGCUCCCCGGGAUCGACUUCAGAGGGGGCCCCGCCUCUCAGCAGUGGACAUCAGGAGCGCUCUCCUCCGGGGACCACCCAGGACAGGCCACCGGCAUGUCUUCAGAAGCCCCUUCGGACGCCCUGAAAGGCGCCGACCUUCCCUCCAAAAGCACCCACUUCUCCGAGGUUGGAAGAGCUUAUCAAAGCAUCGUAAGCAACAACGGCGUGAGCUUCCAGGGGUCCUUGCAGGCUUUCAUGGACAGCUUCGUCGUCAGCUCCUUGAGGAAGGAGAAGGACGUCAAGGACAGAGCCCUGUCCGACCCCCCUUCCAUGAAAGUCCACGGGGCGGACGGGGCUGAGGAGAAACCCGGCGGUAAGUCCUCCCAGAGGAAGUCGGAGAAGUCCCAGUAUGAGCCUCUGGACCUGUCGGUGCGGCCGGACGCCGCCUCCCUGCUGGGCUCGUCGGUGACGGUGCAGGACAGCAUCGCGUGGCACGGCUGCUUGUUUUGUGCUUUCACGACGUCCUCCAUGGAGCUGAUGGCCCUCCACCUCCAGGCCAACCACCUGGGCAAAGCGAAACGCAAAGACAACGCCGUGGGCGUCGCAGUCAACUGCAAAGACCACGCCCGGGAGGCCGGUAAGAUGGCCCUGCUGCCCUCGGUACCGUCCGGCAAAGAGAUGGGCCUUUCCAGUCUGAUCGGCUCUCUGGACUCUGCUUCUGACAAGAUGGCCCACGGACAGGGCAAGGAGACUCUCGGGGACCAGAAGAGUGGCUCGUGGCCCAGCCACGUGGACCCUGCCUUUUGUAACUUCCCGUCAGACUUCUACAAGCAGUUCGGCGUCUACCCGGGCGUGGCGGGCUCGGGGGCCUCCAGUUCCUGCCCCAGCAAGGAGCCCGACGGGAAGGCCCACUCUGAAGACGACGCCCCCAUCCUGAUCCCCGAGACCACGGGUAAGAACGUGACGGACGACCUCUCCGACAUCGCCUCGUCGGAGGACAUGGACUCCUCCAAAGGAGAGAACAACGACGAAGAGGAUCUCGAGACGGAACCGGAAACGAUGAGCAAGCCGCUGUCCGCCCUCAGCAAAGAUGGCAGCUGCGACGGCGGGGACGGCCUGCUGGCCCCGGGCGGCCCCCAACCCGUGCAGGGACUGGUCUCGCCUUUACCCCACGCGUCAGAGAAGCAGUGGCACAGCCCCGGCCUUCUUCCAGCCCAGGACCCCUCCGCGGGCCUGCCGAAGCCGGAGCGGGGGCCCCCGGGCCUGGAGAAGCCCCUGAACAUGCUGUCUGUCCUCAGGGCCUACAGCUCCGAGGGCUUAGCCGCCUUUAACGGACUUGCCAGUAGCUCAGCAAACUCUGGAUGUAUCAAGAGGCCAGACUUGUGUGGUAAGUGACACCCCCUGUCCUAGUCGGUCUCUGUGGACUUGCCCCUGUCUGUUCGUGCUCCUCGGUGGUUACCUGCAGCUUGUUAAUCGCGUAAAGUCAAGAGAAGAAUGUAUACACAUAUGUGUGUUGAAUAAAUAAUUACUAUUGGCACAGGUAUGUGUAUACACACGGCACCAACCUACAGUAUAUAGAGCGAAGAACCAGGGAGGCUAAAAAUACUGCCCCAUAUGUUCUGCUAUUAGUCAAGGAUUGCAAAGGCUUAGUAACGUGAGCGGGAGGGAGAGUUCCCUCAAAAUCAUAAAUCCCGAGUGACAAAUGCCGUUGGAUCGCGGGUCCCUUCACCUGUGAGCCACCUGGCUGGGGGACGGGGGCUGUUCCACCGGCUCACCCGAGCUUCUAGAGGUGGACCUACGAUGGUCUCGUCGGAAUUAUUCCUUGUGUCUGAUUGUCCUGUACUUUGUAACACUUUAGAAGAAUACAGAAAAAAGUGCGGUAAUUAUCUUUCUCCAUAGUAUUUAAGCAGAAAUAUUGCUAGUUUAAUAUUGUGUCAGGUCGUCCUAUGAACCAGGAACAGAUGACAGUAAAAUCCCACCUUGACAUCCACAGUUUAAAAAAUGGCGAUUGAAGCAAAAUGUGUAAACUUGUACCGGGUUAUCGUGUGCUUUGGAAUAGAGUAUUGUUCAAGUAAUUAGAAGACAUAUUAAGGUGUUCCUGGUAAUGAAGGCAUGUAAGUUGUGAUAAUUGUAGCUUUCUGAACAAGUGUCAAACUGUAUCUUUAAGUGCGCUGUAUGCUGAGUUACAAGUUAGGUCAUUUAUGAAUGGAAUGUAAAAUAAUACUAAAAAUGCUUCAAUAACUUAUCUUGGUAUUGCUAAUAAAAAAAAAAAAGCUGUGAAACAUUA